GAGCAUGUCUAUACAUGCCACAGAGCAUGAAUGGAUGUUAAUUGCACCAUGCAGUGCACCUGUGUGGAAAACUUGCUUGAUGUUUUUAAACUGGUCAUUCUUAAUUUACUUUGUCGUUAUUUUUUUCAGCCAGAUUUCUGGCAGGAUGAAAAGUUUCCACCUGCACAUGGACCCAGGCUGGAUGUAGACCCAAAGCGUGGUGAUAAUGAGCAGUCGGUGACACAACCCCAGGAGGAUGGAGAUGGAGGGUCAGGCGGAGACUUCCCAGAGGAGGACUCUGAACAUCCAUCAUGGGCUCCUGAUUUCAUGCCUGAUGAGCCUGGAGUACCUCAUUCCAGGCCUGGCAAGCAGAUGAGGAGACACAGAGGACCUCCAAGGCGCAGGUGGCUCAACAGGAAGAACCCUGGUGUAAUGGACAAAGUUGUAUUUACCCCUACGUUCAAGGCUGACAAUGUGACAUUUCAGAACACCACCACCAUCUCCCUGAAGGAGGGUGAGAACAUAUUUCUGAUGUCAAGGCAUGGUAGAGGAGGACCUCACCAUCACAGGAGAGGAAAACAUGGGCCUCCAGAGAAUGUGCAAUAUGUGAAGCUCAUCUACAACACCACAGAGCCGAACAAAGUAUCGAUAGAGUAUGGGGUUUUGAAACCAGUGAACCUCAGUGAGCUUGCUGGAGGAGAUGACAAUUCAGAAAACGCUGACUGGUAAAAGGAAGAAACUAACAGCUCUGAGGAGAUUAUGGCUCAGUUUUUUGUGGUAUACUCUGAGAAAUCAUUCAUGUAAUACCUUAUUAUUCCUGUAAACCCAAAUUUCUGUGUACUACAAUAAAAUUCGGUAACAAUUA